AUGCUGAGCCUCCGUUCAUCAGCAGCUAUGACGGACUCCAGCAAGAUGAUCGUCAAUGUGGCCCUCUUUGGCAUGACUCAGAGUGGAAAAAGUUUUGCCAGGAACGUUCUUCUGGGAAGCACUGACUUCCAUAGUGGCUUUCUGUGUUCUGUGACCAAAGACUGUAGUCUGGGCCGCAGUGGUCACCUCCACAGCUUCAUGCGUCGAGAGGGGCAAGAGGUGACCCUGCAGGUCCAGGUGCUGGACACUCCAGGUUAUCUGCACAGCAGGCUGAGCAAGAGGCAUGUGACAUAGGAGGUCAAGGAGGCCCUGGCACAUCACUACGGGCAAGAGGGUCUCCAUCUCGCACUGCUGGUCCAGAGAGCAGAUGUGCCUUUCUCUGAAGAGGAAGCAUCUUCCCCUGUCCAGAUGGUUCAGGAACUUCUGGGACAUGCUUGGAAGAAUUACACUGCCAUUCUUUUCACCCAUGCAGAAAAAAUAGAAGAGGCUGGGUUCAUCGAAUACUUACAUGAGGCCUCCGAAACCCUGCUAACCCUACUAAAUUCUGUUCAGCACAGAUAUAUUUUCCAGUAUAAAAAAGGAAACUCACUUAAUAGACAAAGAAUAAAAAUCUUAGAAAGAAUCAUGGAAUUUAUAAGAGAAAACCGUUACCAAGCUCUUACCUUUAAAUAAAGUUUAGAUGAAAGGAAAAGAGCAUUGGCUUUUAGAGUCAGAAACCUGUUUUCAAAGGUGUCUCUGUCAGCGAGGCUGUGGACUGUCGAAUUCCCGCAGGCUGCUGGUGAGUGCCAUUGGUGUAACCACUUUGGAAAACUGUUUGGCACUUAAAAGAACAUAAAAGAUUCAAGAUUUCUAAUGCAAAUUCUAUGACAUGGCAAUUACAGUCCUAAGUACAUAUCCAACAGAAAUGUGUACGUUUGUGCACUAAAGAUAUAUGUACAAGAAUGUUCACAGCAGUACUGCUCAUGAUAGCUAAAAGCUGGAAAUCACCUAAAUGUCCAUUAACAGUAGAAUGGAUAAGCAGACUGUGGUACAUCCACACAGUGGAACAGUACAGUGAUGAGAAUGAGCAAACUACAACCGCAUGUAACAGGGCCAGUGAAUUGCCCAGACGUAGUGCUGAAAGACAGACCCAGACAUGGAGGAGUACAUACACUACGAUUCCCACAAUCAAAACUAACGUAAUCUAAACUACUCUACUGUCAAGUGCGGGAGUCGGAAGAGCGGUUACCUCGAGGAGGGGACAGUGAGUGAAAGCACGCACAGGGUGGCUUCUGCUUUCUGAUCUGGAGGCUGGUUACACAGUGUGUUCACUUUGUGAAAAGUCAACAACAAACACUUCUGAUUUGUGAACUGUUUAGUGUAUAUGUUACACUUAAAUAAAACUUAAAAAUGAAUAAAUUAUUAUCCAUAUUUUAAAAACUAGCUCCACUUCUUACUUGAUACUAGGCGAGGAAAAUUACUGAAGCUUGUGAAAGCCCAUUCCUCACCGGGAAUGCCUGCUUCAUAGUUAUUGUAAUGAUUACACAAUUUGGCACGUGGUAGAUGCUCAAUAAAUGUUCACUUUCUUUUCCACCUUCUUAUAAUCUGUGGUUCCAAUUUAGGCUGGAAAUACAGGUAAAAACUCAGAGGUGAGUCCAGCUGCAGAAACAAGCAUCACAACUGUGAUAACUGAGUCUGAAGCAAGCUGGACUGCAGAGGAGGCUCUGGACGGGGAAGGCUGCUCACUCUGGCUAGGACAGGGGACCAGGAUGCUCUCACAGGCAGUGGGGGCAUCAAAGGAAGAUGACUCUAGUCCACCACAACAGCCACGUCCACCACCAAGUUGAAGUCGGAUCACACUCCUGUUUAACAUUUGUACGUGAGCUUUACAGUUUAUAAAAUUCUUUCACUAAGAUCAUCCCCAAUUUACAAACAGCUUAUUUCCACAAAGUUAAUUUGUAAGUUGUUUCUUUUGUGUGCAAUACACUGUAUUUUCCAUUAGAAACGGGAUUACAGCUGGUGGUUAUUCUCCCAGACGUCCUCAAAAGCUGACAAUGCCUAAUACUACCUGAACUCUAACAGAAAUUGUAUUAGAAAGCCUUUAACGAAAUUUAUAAAAUGUUUCUAUGGGAAACCAUAAUACAAAUUCCAACUUGAAACAAAAUUUUUCUUUAUUUCUUUGCAUGGCCCCCUUCUGCCAUUGUGGGUCCAGGAUUGUGAAGUGGGAGCCUCAACAAUGGGGCUGAGUUUGGGAGUUAAGUAGGAAUUGAUACUUCCCCAGGGAUUGGUGGCUUGGUGACAGAGGAAGAAAUCUGAGGCUGAGAAGUGGAAACUGCAGUGACUGGUGAAGAGGAGAGCGGAAACUUCACGUUUUGAGUCCUUUAGACCCUUCAUUCAUGUGAUGUCAGCUUACGCUUCCAGAACACAAACACUAGUGAGUUUCAGGAAAGAUGCGUUGUGCAGAACAUUACGGAUUCAAGAUCCCUGAGGCUGGCCUGGUGUUAAUGAUUAAUAGCGGAAAGGUGCCCCUAGCUUCAAAGAGGAAGACUUCUGUGAUGUUCUUCCCUGCAUUACUUGUUAUUUUUAGAUUUACAGAUAUAUAUAUUAUACAAAUAUAUAAAUAUUACAUAAGUCCCUAAAAGUGAUCAUAAUACAUAUUCGACUGACUUUUAGUAGUCUCAUUUUGCUUUAUGGUACACCUUUACCUCUCUCCUCCUUCCACCUCUCCUCCUCUUCAUGCAAAUCAGCCCACUAUAGAUAACUCACGUGAACAAAAAGCGUGGUGUGCACCAUUUGUAUUUUCUUCAUGUCUGAACAAUCACAAACACAUGGAGUACAUAUAUAUACAUAACCACACACACACAGAGUACAUAUAUACACAUAACC